AUGGCUGGAGGAAAUGCCGAGAAAGGGCAGCGCUACACUGCGGCCUUAGACCAGGCGCGAAGUCAAGGGAAAUGGGAUGAGGUCCCAGAACUGAUUCGGAAAGUCACAAAACAUGCACCGCAAAAGACCUGUGUGAUACAGACCGCUACUGCCGAAUUGCGCGUGGUAUCGUAUCUCCAACAAAGGUCGUCCGGCGACGACUCGUCCUCUUCUCCCAAUAUUGUCGAGCUGAUUCCGGCCCUUUUAAUGACCAUCGAGAACAACGACGGGUCACCACAAGAACUACUACAGGCCCAGGUCUGUUUGGGAUGGAUUCAUUGGGUCUUGAAUGAGCCUGCGCUUGCAGCGGCGCGUCUUCCUGCGAGCUUUUCGGAGGCAGUUGACAAUUUGGCUGGUGGAGGAGAAGCUCCGACUGCGUGGACGGAGGUCUGUCUUGUGAAGGGAUGCUACAUCAAGGGCAUUGCACAAUCUAAUGUUUCCAGCAUCGAUGAGACAUUAGACACAUUUGGAUCUAUAGUCCCGUGGCUGAGCAGCAACAAGCUCACGUCGAUCACCACCCCUCAAUUCCUGGAAUGGUCCGAGUCCCUCCUGGGCAAGGGCGCUCUUUUGGCCAGUGAAGAGGCGAGCAAGAGGACUUUAUACUCGGAUCCUGAGCAGGUUCAUGUUGCUUUGCGAUUGCUGCGUUUGUGGGCUUCUCAUCCCUUUGUCAAGCAAGGAAAUCCCACCAGAUCGUCAAAUGCCGACGGAUCCGGUACGGUUUCUCGGUCGUCCGUAUGGACUUCCUACUACGGCUUUCUUACAAUUGUCCUACACGACCGACUUGUAUACACUGGCCCCAAUGAUGGACCUGAUCGUCCGCAGCUUGCCAGUGAAUUGCGCCGUGUGGAAGCCAUCUGUGAGGGCAAUCUCCUCCGUGAAGUUAAGUUUCCCACUGCCAGCUCCCAGAACAAUCAAGUCGAAGAAUGGGUAGAGCAAGUAAUCAGCAAUUGGGAAAUUCUAUGCGGCCCUGAAUGGCAGGACUCAGAUCUUGGCGAAGGUGGCCAGAAUGCUGUUGGUCGCAAUGUCUUGGAUAUUCUGUAUCGUGCAGCAACGAAGACCUAUCAUUCUCACCUGAUCCUCCGCCGUCUUUUCCACGUCCAUGCCUCUUUGGCUGACUUUGAGCUUGCCGUGAAGGCACUUGAUUCUUAUAUUGAGAUUGUUACUGCGGCCAAAGAGAGGGCAGAAAAGUCCGCCGAGUCAGGUGAAUUGGAGAAGGACGAAAUCUUAUUGCAGACCUUAUCUGAAGGAGUGACAUUGCUGACCUGCCACGGCUCCUUUGAGGAGGCAGAAAGAGCCCGCGAUUUGACUGAUAUGAUACGGGAGUAUGUUGACAAACAUGCUCUUGUUACCAACGGCGAAGUCAAUGGCAACUCAUCAAAAUCAUCAGGUAUUCCUCUGUCUGUGUUGGCCUUGUCCUAUCGGGCUGUGGGAGUGGGACUUGCCAGUUGGGCCAGUUGGACACCUGUAAAUGAAUCGCGUGAUGAAAUUCGAGCAGAUGCGAUCGACUACCUAGAGAAGAGUCUUGAGCCAGAAUUAGGAAACAGCUCGAGUUAUUCAUCUCUCUACACCCUGGGUCUGGUCUUGGCUGAGAACAGAGAUCUAGACACUGCAAUUGACUACAUCAAAUCCGCUUUGACACCGAGCGGGCCAUCCCUUGAAGUUGCUGGAGAUCUGUCCAAGGACCGUGAUUUGGUGUCUCUGUGGCAUUUACUUGCACUAUUGCUGAGUGCGAAGCAAGAAUUCGAGAUUGCCGGGCGUUCGUGCGAAGCAGCAUUUGAACAAUUUCCAAAGGAAAUUUUCUCCAAAAGUCACCGCGAAAAGUGGUCAUCGAGAAAUUCACACAGCUCUGAAACACAGCGCCCUCUUCUUACUCGUCUAUCAGGCAGAGAAAAGGAACGAAUCAUCCAAACUCGCAUCACACAGCUUGCGUUUGUUGAACUGCUGGACGGCCCAGAGGCUGCGGUAAACCACAGCGAGCAACUACUGAGUUUGUUUGGCACCCUUUUCCAUGAUCUCAACCUCGAAACCGAAGAAUCCAAAUGCAAAUCAGACCACUUGGUGCCACCAAAAAGUUCCGCUGGCACCACCAAAAGCUUCCGUGGUAGCAUCUUCAGUCGACACAGAGCGUCACAGCUACCAGAUCGACGUGCUGAUAAUUCUAACGGCUCUGACUUUAUCCCACCCACACCAGCUAUUCCCAAUGGUCACAUAGCGGAAGCUCCCUCAAUCCAAAUCACGGAUGGAGACGCUCACAGCUAUAAGGAAAAGACCUCCAUAAUUGGACGGUCAGACUCCAAGAGACUUAAAAAGCGAGCCUCAAGCUUCCAUCGUAAUGAGAGGCCACGCGUUGAGGAACCUCCACUUCCUGGAGGUGCAACUUCACCAGACAUGAUUGGCAUUGCAAUGUCAGGCAACACGUCACCAGAGGCGGCAACUUAUCCUUCCAAGGGCAAGCAAUCUCUGCCCCCAAUGGCACAUAACACUAAUUACAAACAAGAACCUCUUCCUGCCGGGCACGAGCAUCAACCGCCACAGCAGGAUAUUCGGCUUCCAGUCACCCAUCGCUUUGAUUCUCCCACCGGUGCUGUGACAAAGUUCUCCCUCGUUCAAUCCCAGAAGCAUGCUCUGGGUCUCCUUAUCAGAAUCUGGCUGGUCAUAGCCGGACUCUACCGUCGCGCAUCACUGUUAGAUGAUGCACGUGAAGCUUGCGAAGAAGCCUUGAAGCAAGCCGCACGAGUUGAAACACUUGUUGCAUCACAUGAAUCGUCAGCUCGCUCGUUCAGCAAGCGUGGCUGGGGGUCGUCAAAGAGCUCGGAAGAACUCUGGGCCGAUGUUUCCGCCGAACAGGGGCUCCUGGCACAGGCUGCUUUGAACCCUCAUCAGGCUAUCAGACACUACGAGGAAGCCCUCUUACGCUGCCAGGACCACCCAGUGGCAACCAUUGGACUGGCUAAUUUGCUGCUAGACAUCUGGGAUCAGACUCUCUCCCCCGAGCCAUUGAAUGUAGAUGUGGAUCUCAACGUUUCGCGUCUGUCAUUACUCGCAGAGACUCCCAAACCUAAGUCCGCCAAGGCCAUCUCAACUGAUGAUUUGAAGGUAUCUCGGGAGACUGAGAAUGCAGCACCUGAUGAGGCGCCUUCCUCCGCACACGAUGUCGAGCCUCAGCAGCUUCAUCGUCUUGCGGCCCGGGAUCGUGCCUACGGUCUCCUUUCGGCAUUGACAAAGCUCGGUAGCUCCUGGGACAGCUCUGAGGCAUGGUAUGCUUUGUCUAGGGCAUAUGAGGCCGGCGAGCAAGUCGAGAAGCUGAAGGAAGUAUUGUGGUGGUGCAUUGAACUAGAGGACAGACGACCUAUUCGUCACUGGUCAAACAUCGGCUCCGGUCUUUAUGUCCUUUAA